UAGGCCACCAUCCUGAGGAGUAGGCCAGGGCCAUCAGCACAAGUGGGGGGUCUGGGGGGGUUGCCACAUGAGCAGCUGGGGCCUAGGGAACUUUCCAGAAGCUAGUGGGACCUCUGAAUAUACAUAGUGUGGUGAAUUCAGUCCUGGUCCUCUUCCUUCCUCCCUUCCUCUCCCUCCCACCUUCCCUCUCUCCCUUCCUCUCACACUUGUCUUUGGCUGCUUGCAUUGGGUGUGGGACAGGGCUGGGGUACAGCCGAGCCCAACAGUAGCUGGAUCCAAAGACACCUAAGAGUGACAUCAAAGUCCGGCCGUGAGGGCCUGUGUCAGAACCAAGGCUGGAAGUAGGGCACUGAUGCAGUUUUAAAAAGCCCCAGAGGUGCUUUGCAAAACUUCAGUGGUUUUGAGCAGCUGUUGCUUAUCCGGAAUGCAAGAUUUAAAAGGUCCAAAUGGGAAUACACCGAGAAGCGCCCCGCCCGUUGCCAUCCCUAGCCGGUAGCUCACAUGUUCUGUGUGUUCAAGUCAAUGUGCAUGGUGUUCUUGGUCUUACCCAGACGUCACCUGUCCUACAAACUACUGGAUGCCUGCUUAUUCAUGUGGCCAUCGAUCCUAGAGAUUGUUCCAUGUCAGUUUAGAGCAAGCAUCUUCACUCUCGUUAGAUUUGCAUACUAACCACAGUCCAGAUGUGCCAUAACUUAGCGGGCCAGUCUUCAUUCUGUGUUUGGCUUUUACAGACAGCAUCAUCACAAGGAAUCUUCUAUAAACGAUGCUAGGCAGGUGUGUGAAUAUCUGCCUCCCUCUAUCACCUCUUCUCCAUGCUCAGUCCCACUUACCCCAUCUGAGGAGGGUGGGAACAGGGGCGUGGCAGAACAAAUGAGCAAAAAGCAGAGGGUUAGAAACCAAACCACCCCAGGCUGCCAGGUCCCUGGGCCUUAGGAGUGAGGAUGACAGACAGACCCAGGAGAUCCUGGAAAUUCCAUCCUCUGGAAGGUCUGAGUUAGAAAGGAACUUGGGAGACCCUCCAUCCCAUCCUGAGAUUCCCAGACCUGCUUAAUCUCACCCAGAACACUCGUUCACACCCAGCCUCCUGAACAGCCAGGGCUUGAGGCGGGGCAGUGGUUGGAAUGGGAUGCUAACAGUGUUGAGAUGUCCCAGGAUUUCUUGGCUCCUUGCUAAAGAUAAGAUUGCUAAUUCGAUGCGACUGGGCUGGGUCUCAAGACUCUGUCUUCCUUGAGAUGUCUGCAAGCUCCUGGGAUCUGAUGCUCUUGAUUUAAGUGCCACGCUUUAUGAACUGUAGGUACAGACCACCCACAGAGGAGCAAAAACUGCAGCUCAGAUGGGCAGCAAAAGGCACGAGUCUGAUGACCAGGGUCGAGGAGUGAGACAGGCAGGCACUGGAAGGAGCUCAUUGCUUCUAUCCUGGCAGGGCAUCCAAACAGGUCUGAUGGCACCAGCCUUUGGGGCAAGAUGAUAUCUUCCAAUCUGGUCAGAAUCCGUUCAGCAGAAACUGCUUGUUAGAGUCUGAUCUUGAGGGCCACAGCAGAGUGGUUCCCCUCCAGCGUCUCACUCAGUGCCACCCUCCUCAUGGAGCCUGUAGAGCUCAGAUCUCCAGACUGGGCAAGGAGAGAGCGCCAACCAAGCUUCCCGGGGCUGUUUUUGUCUCCCUGUGCUUUGGGCAUCCAGUGGCUUCUGAGGAUCUUAGUGACAUGUCCCCAGGAAGUCAGGACAAGUGAGGGUGUCACUGACAUCGGGGAGACUGGAGAGGUCAAUGGCUGGUCUCUCCAAGUGUCAUUGACAGCAUCUUGGGGUGUUAAUAGCUCUUCCUUGGGGGUGCUUCUGGCUACCUCUCAGGGUGUUACUAGAUAUCUUUCCAGGCAGUGCUUGGCCAGAGCUCUGGCUGUUCACGGAGCUUUCUCAGUAUUACCUGCUCUUCUGCUGGGUGUCCCGGGAUCAUUCAUGUCCCAGCGCACUGGCAGCUGUUCUGAUCUGGUUUUGUUACAGUAACAGAAUACUCUUGAGGUUGAGUCUUUUAAUUUUUGAGACAAGGUCACAUGUGGUCCAAGCUAACCACAAACUUCAGAUCUAUAUGAGGGGCUGGAGAGAUGGCUCAGCAGUCAAAAGCGUGUGCUCUGUGCUCACACCGGGGUUUCAUUCUAAGCACUCACAUGGCAAGUCACAACCAUCUGUAACUGCAGUUCCAGGAGAAUCAAUGCCUUCCUCUGACCUCUGCAGGCACCACGCACAUUCUUGGUGCACAUGCCUACAUGCAAGCAAAACAUGCAUGCACGUAAAGAUAAGACAAAUAAGUCUAAAUGUUUUUUAAAACUUGACCUCCCAAUCCUUCUACCUCUGCCUCCCGAGAUCUGGGCUCACAGACACGUGGCAGUGCCUCCCAUGUUUUGGAUUGCUAAGAAUCAAACCCAAGGCUUCACACGAGGUAGGCAAGCAUUUUUAUCAUCUGAGCCACACCCCCAGCUUCUAGGUCAUUUAUAAUGAGUAGAAAUGGUUUGUCUUUUGGUACUGAAAGCUGAGACACCCAAGGUUGAAAGGGUAGAAUCUUGCAAAGGCCUUGCUGCUGUGUCAUCUCAUGACAGAAGGCAAAGCAAGGGUGAGAGCAAGCAAAUAGGCCACACAUCCCUUUAAAAGGAACCAAGUCCUGCAGUGAGGCCCCCACUUGGCUGAGAGGCCUCACAUCCAACAGCUCUGUACCAGGCACCACGUCUCCAGACUUUAAAUUUCAGGGAUGCAUUCGUAUCGGCAGCAGCUACCAUGUCUUGGGGUAUCUCUAGCACUCUCUGUGACACUGCCAUCCUGGUGCUCUGGUCCUCGGAUUGCAUCAGGCCCAUGGGUCAAACAGAACCCAGAGCUUGACCCAGCUAUAUCUCUCUGCCCCUGUGGUUUUAGGCUUUGUUUUUCCAUUCUAGCCUUUGUGAAGAAAAAAAUACUAGUGAGCCACAGUCUCGAUGCAGAAGCCCCUCCACCAAGAUCUUGGACACAGCAGAGAAGAGACACCCACCCCCAGAGUGCCUAUCCCCCAAUCCCUGCUUGUCCCCCUCAAAAUGCCCUAUGGUUGGAAGGAAAAGAGAAUCCUAGAAGCCAGGCUGGCCCAGGUUCUGAUUGCUGACCAUACAGCUUGGAUCAAUUGUGGAGCCUUCCCAACCAGAAAACAAGGUUGUGAGGACCAGCCUCAGGGACUUCACUGAGGACGAUGGUGUGGGACCCAGCACACAGUAGGUCCUCUCAAAACUAUCCAGCUUCACUCUGACAAACAGAGGAGCCAGGGUAGAGGAUGGGGCAGAAGAGCUCCUCCCCCCCCCCCAAUCCCCUCCUAGACCUGAAGAGAAAGCAGGGGCACGGCAGCCGCUCAGUUCCACAGAUGCCGUUAUUACCCAGGGGCUUCUCAGCAUGGAAGAGUAGAAAAUUUAAUAAAAAGAAAUCAAGUGUUGAUUCCAGACAGGCUUUGCACUGAGCAUGUCUGUCUGGAGCCUCUGGUAGGAUCCUGGCAUCUGCUGUAGGCCCUUAGAGCCCCUCAGUGUUUGCAGGUCAGAAUAGAUGCCCCCCCCCCCUGCCUCCCUGACCUGUCUCUAUUCACCAUCCGGGGGUCCCAGGGCUCCAGCAGCAUAAACUGCUAGUGUGAUGUCCUGCCUUCUGGGGUCCAGGAAAGGGUGAAUGAGAGUCCUGUAUUGGGAAUCUGCUAAGAUCUGAGCACUGGGGUCCUGACUGGUCCCCUAUGGAGUAAGGACCCAUUUGUAGCAUCAAUAUACCUUACCAAGCUUCAUGUGAAGGUAAGAGGUGCUGAACUUAGCAAUCCUGAGAAAGUCAACAAACCUCUGGGCUUCUUUUUCUGCAAAGGAAGUUACAAAUGCUUUCCCAGCUUUUCCCACAGGGCCGCUUUGAAGCUUUAAGAUGAGGAAAACUCUUAAGUGGGAAGGCUUUUACACUCAUGCCAGUAGCUCCCGUCACAUAUUCAUAAUUGAAUAAUUAAGAAAGUUAAGGGCCAGAGAGAUGGCUCAGUGGGUAAAGGUGAUUGCUACCGAGUGCAACAAACUGAGUUUAAUCCCAAGGAUCGCCUGGUGGACGGAGAGACCUGGCUUGUGCGAGUUGUCCCUAACCUUCAUACAUGCGCCUUGACACACAUGGCUAUCUAUACUCAUGCUCCUACAUAUAUACACAUUGAAUAAAUAAAUGUAAUUAAAAUGCUUUUCAUUAGGAAUGGCUGAGGAUGUAGUUCACAGUAGGCAGAGCACUUGCCUAGCCUGUUCAAGACCCUGAGUUCAAUUCAGAAAGAGGAGGGUUAGCAUACGGAGAAGGCAGGGCGGAGGGAAGAAACGGGGGGGGGGGGGGCACUGUUCACUUGGGGCAGCCCCUGGGCCUGGGAUGAGGGAAAUGUUUUGAGAAUGAGGAAUUGGUGUUUUCUUCUUUCAGGGGUAUGUGUGUGGUACAUGCAUGUGUUCAUAUAUGCACGUGGACAACACACAUCUGUGUGUGCCUGUGGAGGUCAGAGGUGGAUGUAGGGUGUUUUCUUUAAUGGUUUUCCACCUCGUUUGUUAAGACCGGGAUCUCUUCACUAAUCCCUAGAGCUGACAGUGUCGCUGGGCUGACAGGCCAGGGAUCCAGGGAUCCACCUAUAUCUGAUGCUCUGUGUUGAGGUUACAGAUCCCCCUCAGCCACACCCAGAGUUCACAAGGAUGUCAGGAAUCCAAACCCAGGUUCUCACUCAGCCGGACUCGGGUGUGACCAGGAAGAUGGGAACCUUCAGGAGUGAGAAAUGCAAUCCUGGAAGGCUGGGGUCUCUGCACCCACCGGAGCCUGUGGUGUCAGGACAGAACGAGACACGGAAGAAGAGCAAAGUGCACUACCACAUUGCCGUCAUCAUCAACUACCUGGGCCACUGCAUCUCCCUGGUGGCCCUCCUGGUGGCCUUUGUCCUCUUCCUGCGGCUCAGGAGCAUCCGGUGCCUGAGGAACAUCAUCCACUGGAACCUCAUCUCGGCUUUCAUCCUGCGCAACGCCACGUGGUUUGUGGUCCAGCUCACCGUGAGCCCCGAGGUCCACCAGAGCAACGUGGCCUGGUGCAGGCUGGUGACAGCCGCCUACAACUACUUCCACGUAACCAACUUCUUCUGGAUGUUCGGUGAGGGCUGCUACCUGCACACAGCCAUCGUACUCACGUACUCCACCGACCGUCUGCGCAAGUGGAUGUUCGUCUGCAUCGGCUGGGGUGUGCCUUUCCCCAUCAUUGUGGCUUGGGCCAUUGGGAAACUUUACUACGACAAUGAAAAGUGCUGGUUUGGCAAACGUCCUGGAGUAUAUACUGACUACAUCUACCAGGGCCCCAUGAUCCUGGUCCUGCUGAUCAACUUUAUCUUUCUCUUCAACAUUGUCCGCAUCCUCAUGACCAAACUCCGAGCAUCCACCACAUCUGAGACUAUUCAGUACAGGAAGGCUGUGAAGGCCACUCUGGUGCUCUUGCCCCUCCUGGGCAUCACCUACAUGUUGUUCUUCGUCAACCCUGGGGAGGACGAGGUCUCCAGGGUUGUCUUCAUCUACUUCAACUCUUUCCUGGAGUCCUUUCAGGGCUUCUUCGUGUCUGUGUUCUAUUGUUUUCUGAACAGUGAGGUCCGCUCUGCCAUCCGGAAGAGGUGGCGGCGAUGGCAGGACAAGCACUCCAUCAGAGCCCGAGUGGCCCGCGCCAUGUCCAUCCCCACCUCCCCCACCAGAGUCAGCUUCCACAGCAUCAAGCAGUCCACAGCAGUGUGAACCUCAGGCCACAGAGCAGCCCCCAAGACCCGAGGCUGGGGAAAUGAUGCAAGCUCACUAGCGAGCCUGUCUGCAGAGGCAGGCAGCCUUCCCAUCCCUGCCCCUGGGAUGCAGACCUGUAAGCCUGCCCAGCCGUGGACAAAGCCCAUAGCACUGGGGUGGGCCCUUGGCAUCUAGCUCCCUGCUGCCCAUUCUCCCUGGGAAGUUGAAAUGGGCAUUGGGGGCUGGAAACCCUGCAGCAGUUUGAUGGGCCUGUGAGCGCUGUCUUCUCCCAGAGCAGCUUACUGAAGAUCUGUCGUCUUCAGGAGCUGUUGGGGAGGCCAACUGUUACCCUGGGGCAUCAUGGAAAACUCCCUUCUGAGACUGUAAAGUCUCUGAGUGUUAGCGAUGCCUUGGGAUGCUACCGAGGACCAACAUGGUCCAGUCAGGAGACCGGGAGAUAGCGGUAGAAAUCUGGGAACGUCAUCAGAUGGCACUCCACCUCCCUACAAGUCACUCCUGAGCCACCAGGAUUUCAUCAGCACUGUGGCACUGCCACUGGAAAGCCCUGCCUUGCUGCUUUGCUGCCCUGCACCUUUAGACAUUUACUAUUCUGCAGGCCAAGCCAGCUUUCUGUCACUUAUCCACUGACAGCAACGGUCCCCUCGCCCCCAAAUCCUCCCACCUCUGGGUAUCUUCUAACCUGUGAGAAGAUGGGGGUCGGGAAGGGGACUUGAGUUGCCAGGAACCAGAGUGGGCCCAGUCUAUGAGGAAGGAGUGGCCCCUGGGUACCCAGGCCACUGGCUUCAGUGGCUGGCCUCUUGAACACAGUCACAAGCUGGGGGAAGGAUCUAUUCAAGUGCCCUGACCAGCGACAGGUGGCUCCUGGGACAACUAACUAACUAAGCCCUUGCUCCCAGGCUUGGAAUGGCCCAGUCCUCAGUGGGUAGGAGAGCUGAGGAGCCGCAGCAGGACUGAGGUGGGGGUGAUAUAAAUAAUAUUUAUCUUUUCAACUA